AUGGAGAGGAAGAGGAAGCUGCCACCGCGGGCUGCCGCCCGGCUCGAGCAGGCAGCCAAGAGGCGGCAGUCGACACCUCGCGAACCAUCAUCGACACCUGCGCCGCCCCCGGAGCCCGUUCGAGAGCCGACACCACCGCCUCCUCCGCCGCCGCCGUUGCCCACGUCCAUUCAAGUCGGCCAGCCGCUUCCCACGGUCGACGAUCCACAGCCCCUGGACUUGUCUUCCAAGGAAUUCCAGUCUCUGUCGGAGAGCGGCGUCCUCACCGAGUCCCUGUCCCGCUCGCGUCACAAAUGGAUCAACGAGGGUCUUUUCGAAAAAUACUGGACCAAGCCCUACAAGCGAAAAGGCGUCCUGCAUCAGGACCCUAACAACCCGCCAAAGGACAGCAUGACCAAGGUCGGCACCGUCACGAUUACUAUCGAGCCGCAUAUCGUCGAAGCGACCAUGUUCGCUGUCAAGGCAUCGAAGCUGCCACCACAGGAUCCGCCGCCGUCUUCGGCGCAGAAGCAAUCCCCAUCGCCGGCGCCGGCGCCGAAGUCACAGCCGCAGAAACAGCAAAAGCAGCCAGCGCUAGCACGGCCUGUCCUCCAGUAUGGUCCUCCCAACGGGUCGAUGCCCCCUCCGCCGACCCCGACUCCCGCGGCAGCUUCGCCGGCGCCCAUGCCCGUGCCCGCCCCAACCAAGCCUGUUGCGUCUCCUAGCCCGGCGCCGCAGCGUGCUUUGCAAUCGCCAUCACCAACUCCGCAGGCUCAGCCCCCUCCUCAAGUCGCGGCUCCGAGGCCCACUCCUCCUCAGCCUGCCGCUCAACGACCUGUCCUCUCGCCGAGCCCGGGUGCUCCGCCUCGACCGUCACCUGCGCCAUCACCAGUGCCGCCGACGGCGAUCCCGCACAAUCCCGGCACCCGGCCUCCCUCAAACCCUCCACCGAGACCGGCGGUGGCUCCUCCGCCCGCCGCUCCCCACCUGGCGCAACCUGGGAAUCGUCCUCCCGGGUCUCUUGCGCCCGCAGCUCCGCCCCCAGGCGCCGCUGGUGCGAAGCCAGCGCCAGUCAAACCGGCUGCCAAUGAUCCAGUCAUCGCCCUUCUCGCCCAGAAGGCGUCUGGGGACCCCGAGCUACGCGAUCUAAUGAAACGCGUGGCCGUGGGGCAGGCCAAAGAAGGGGAGCUGGCCAAGUUCCAGAAGAUAAUUGAUCAGCUGAAUGCAGAAUACAAGUCCAGGGGAGGCCAGCAGGGGCCGUCCGCCGAUAGACUGCUCGUUGACGGACGCACCGUCAAGUAUUUUGCGGAUGAGGUUCGAACGAUACUAGAUAUUGUUCUCGCAUCAAACCCGAACCAAAAAUCCAGCGAACUACGGCCACCGCCGCGGAGCGACCCUCUCGUCGUUUUGCUUGUGAAGACGGCUCUGGAAGACCAAAGGACCAAAGACAUGAUCCGCCGCAUCGCGGAAGGCCGUCCUGGUUUCACGGAUGCGCAGGAUCUCAAAGAAAUACUAGAUCGACUACAUCGCGACGCAAAGACUGUCCCCAAAGCACCUCCGCCGACUCCGCCUCAGCCAAGACAGCCAACACCAAACGGGGUGCCCAAUGGUCACGCAAAGCCGCCAACGCCUUCUGCCGUACCGCAAGCGAACCCACAGGCGUUGCGCUCGAAAGGACCGCCACCCGCUGCCCGGCCAGAUAUAUCAGCCGUUGUGUUCGAUUUCGGCACUGGGGACCGGUAUCUGUUUCCCAAGUUUAGCAUACUAGAGUUUCUGCCCUCUCCGUCUGGCCAGCAGGUUGUAGCCUCGUUCCUGAUUGUCCGCAAGGGCAGCGUUUCGGAUUAUGGCGGGGACCCGGCCCUGGACUACUAUCAGCCCGUCACCAUUCGUCUUCAGACAAGCUCUGGCCGGCACUUGGAAAACCUGGCGCGGGUCGUGGCCCCGCAGGAUGAAGUGCGCCGUUACAUGGAUGAUGUCAUGGACAACAUGACGCGCGCAGAGUACGUGUUGCUGGCUAUGCGACUGCCACGAGUUGAGCAGGACGGCGACGUCGACGGCCCCGUGGCUGUCGACGAGCCCAGAACGGGGGUGUCCACGCCAAAAUCGGAGCCAGAGACGGAGCCAGCGCGGCCAACCAAACUGGGAGUGCUAUGGACUACGAAUGCGAACAAGCCACUGGACUCGAGCGGCACAAUCAAAUUCAGAGACCCGGAGCAAGAGGCCCAGGCAAAGUACGAGCGCCUGAUUCGGUCUGUCGCCGCCAAGGAGACGGAGCCUCUGUGA